UUUUUUCCCUUUAGGAAAAUUUUUUUUUUUCCCGUUAGUGUAAGACUAUUUUAUUUAUAAGUUUAUAAGAAAAAUCAUAUCUGUCAGUCUCUUUUAUUAGUUGUACAAAUCUUUCCGAAAAAAAUAUCUAAAAUAUGUUUAAGCUAUAAUGGCCGAUAUAGCAUCUGAUGGAAAUGUCUCUCAGAAUCAUUUAACUAAGAAACUCAAAAGAAUAUUGGAUACUCGACUUGAAAGUGACAAGGAGCUGUUAGAUGCUUUAAAAGCUUUAUCGUCUUGUUUUGGGGAAAACACUUUACGAGCCAGGAGAGAUCUCCGUGGAGAUGUUGAAAAAAGAAAUCUUGAUGCAUGUGAAAAGUUUGAAGCACAAUUAAGAGAAGUUAAAGAAAAACUAGAUGAAAUAAGUGCAGAUAUCAAUGCAAUGAGUUCAUGUUGCAGGGAUAUGACAGACAGAGUUAAGCGAUCUAAAGAAUCAACUGCUGAGCUUAUUGAAAAAACUACAAAGUUAAAAGUUGAAAGAAAACAAAUUGACUUGCAAUCGUUGCUCGCUACAUCUUUUAUUGAGCACUAUCAGCUUAAACCAAAUCAUAUUAAAGUUUUGCGUUCUUCUAAUGAUGUUACUGAGGAGUUUUUUGAAGCUUUAAAAAGAGCAAAAGAAAUACAUAGCGACUGCAAGCUGCUUCUACUUUCAAAACAACAAACUACAGGGUUAGAAAUAAUGGAAUCUAUGGCUUUAUACCAAGAAACAGCAUAUGAAAAGCUAUAUCGGUGGACACAAGGUGAAUGUCGAAAUAUGACUGGUGAUAUGCCAGAUGUUAGUGGAGCACUAUGUCGAGCAAUCGAAGCUUUGCAAGAUCGACAAGUUUUGUUACGUUAUGCUUUAGAUGAGUUAGCUUCUGCACGUCGAUCUGCAGUUGUUCGAUGUUUUAUUGAUGCUUUGACUCGCGGCGGACCUGGUAAUACUCCCAGACCAAUUGAACUAUACUCUCAUGAUCCUGUGCGAUAUGUUGGUGAUAUUUUAGCAUGGUUACAUCAAGCUGUGGCUGGUGAAAAAGAACUACUUCAUAGCUUACUUCGCAGAACAAAAAUAAAUGAACAUAAAAUUUUGAUAUCAGAUGCGCUAAAUCACAUUAUAGAUGGUGUUUGUCGACCUUUUAAAGUGCGUAUUGAACAAGUAAUAACAUCUGAACCUGGUGCCCCUGUACUUUUUCGAUUAACUAAUUUGCUUAAGUUUUAUGGAACAACACUAAGUGGGCUGUUUGAGUCAAAUGCUGCACUUAUUGUGGUAACAAUAAAUGAAAUGAUGGAAUUAAGUCAUCAAAUUUUUUACAGUAGUUUGUCUAUGUAUGGAAACAAAAUAGCGGAUAAAAUUGACAUUCCUCCUCCUGAUUUAAGCCCUUCUCAACCUGUCAUUGAAACAUUGAAUUUGUUAAAAAAUGUUCUUUCAAGUCAUGACUCGGCUAUUUCUUCAUUAGAUGAGCGAAAAGAAGACUAUGAAAAGAUAUACUCUGCCUUAUUGGAACCAUUGUUGCAAUGUUGUGUAUUGAAUGGAAAAUGUUUAAAUAUGCCUGAUAUGUCUACAUAUAUGCUAAAUUGCUUGUAUAAAAUGCAGGUCACUUUAGCUGUUUACGAGUUUUCAGAUCUAAAAAUUGAAAUGCUUUUAUCACAGGCUGCUGUACAUAUAGAAACACUUACAAAAGAGCAAGCUAAUUUCAUACUCAAUCGUUCUGGAUUAGGUGUUAUCUUCAAUAAAAUUAAAGAAAUUUCAGAAAGCAAUGUACUUUUAUCAAGUCAGUUAGAUUCAUCAACAAUAUCUGAAGCAAUGGCAACUUUUGACAAAUAUUUAUCAAACCCUGAUAGUUUGAAUAUACCUCAGAUGCAACUUAUCCAUAGCACAAGGAUCAGGGAUGCUAUUUGCAAGCAAGCUAAUGAUAUUGUAGAAGCAGCCUACAACAAAGUUUAUACCGAAGUCACAAAAAAUUAUUCUGAUAUUCUUAUGACGCGAACGCCUGAGCAACUAAGGCUUUUGUUGGCCUAAUUUACUAUUUUCUAAAAUGUAUUUAUUUUAUUUAAUUAUUCAAAUAAUGGUUUUAUAAUCUAAAAAUUUUCAAAA